CUUCAGAGAAAUUGGGCACAUAGCUUUACACAGUCUCAAGAGGAUAAUCCCACCAAGAGACAUCAUCAAGACUUAGGAAAUGGUAAUGCUUUGACGAUGCUUUUACUGUAUCACAGUCUCAAGAGGAUAAUCCCACCAAGAGACACCACCAAGAAACACCACCAAGACCUAGAACAUGAUAACGCUUUACUCCCGAUACUUCAAAAUGUUUGUCUUCUUUUAAACGUCGAUAAUGAACGAGUCCAACGUUCUAAGGUCAGACCAGAUUCGAUCGAAAGAGAGUCUGACAUCCAAAUAGAUGCCAUCCGAAUA